UCUCUGCAUCUGAAUAUGCUAGUUCUCUACUACACAAUGGCACUUUCAGGAUGGAUUUGUGUGGUGACUGGGGCUUCCAGAGGAAUUGGAAGAGGUAUUGCCCUUCAGUUAUCUGAGGCUGGUGCUACAGUGUACAUCACUGGUCGACAGGACAAAACUCUGAAGCAGACAGCAGCAGAGGUGACAGAGAGAGGUGGCCGGUGUCUCCCAGUGGUCUGUGACUCAUCUAAAGAGGAUGAAAUCAAGGAACUGUUUGAUCGUGUCCAGCGUGAGCAAAAUGGUAGACUUGACUUGUUGGUGAAUAACGCCUAUGCAGGUGUACAGAUUAUCAUGGACAACUUGAACAAGAAAUUCUGGGAGGUGGAUCCAGAUAUUUGGGACACAAUCAACAACACUGGACUCAGGGGUCACUAUUUCUGCUCAGUGUAUGCUGCUCGGAUGAUGGUUGCUCAGGGCAAAGGCUUGAUUGUGUUCAUAUCAUCCAUGGGUGGUCUGCGCUAUCUCUUCAAUGUACCCUAUGGGGUCGGCAAAGCUGCAUGUGACCGAAUGGCAGCAGACAUGGCAAUUGAGCUGAAGAAGAAAGGUGUGGUUUCUGUAAGCCUCUGGCCAGGGGCAGUUCAGACAGAGUUAAUCAAUCAGUAUAUGUCUCAUGGCGAGGGUCCUCAGGGAAUUGAUCCUAAAUUAAAGGAGGUGUUCAGUAAGGGUGAGACGACAGAGUUUAGUGGACGAUGCAUAGUUGAGCUGACCAAAGAUAAAAGUCUGAUGUCAAUGACUGGGCAAGUGUUGAUGACCUGUGAUCUUGCUUACCGCUAUGGACUCAAGGAUGUUGAUGGUCGCAGUGUAGUGGACUACACCUCUCUGAAGUUCCUCAUUUCCCAGAUACCCUAUGUGUCCUGGCUGUCCGUAUUCACUCCUUCAUUUAUCAGAGUGCCUCGUUCCAUUCUGAGUCUUGGCAGUGGCAAAUUCUAACAUAUCUCAGUAAAAAGACAGUGCCUAUUAUUUUGCCAUCUUGUCAUUUUUCAAAAAAUAAUUUUAUUCUAAAAUUAUUGCAGUGUCCAUCUUUAAAAAUGAGCAAACUGAAUAUACUCAUUUAACUUGAAAGGGAACAAUUAACCCUGCUCUAGAUGAAUGUAUACUUACUAAAUGAGUAUUGUAAUAAAUACUGAUAUUUUUCAA